AGACCAAGAUCAGGAUACCACAGAUGGAAAGAUUAUUCGGUGGACAUUUCUUUCUCUUUCCCAGAUUAGUGCUUUGUCAGAAGAAAAUAUAGAAGGAGUUCAAAAAAAGCUGGAAGAAUUCCUGAAUUUUAAACAAUUAAAAACAUCUUUGAAGGAAGCUAUUUUGCUAGAUUAUUAUGCCUCGGGAUUUUGGUGGGCUAAAGAAAUGAACUUCAGUCUUACACAGCUCACAGGAUUCAUGGGUCUGUUAAAUUUCCUGUUGGAGAACCUCAGUGACAAACAUAUGACGUUAGGUGAUAACAUAAAAGAACUUGGAAAAACAAUGGCUGGAAUAGGAGGAACUCAUUCAGAAGGAAGUGGUGACUUGAAUUUCUUCAGUGUUGAGCAAGCCAAAGCAGUCAUUGAUUACUUGAAUAUCAGCUUAUUUCAACAUUAUAAACUAUAUGAAUAUCUUUUCCAUAGUCCUAGAGAAGAACUUGUGAUAAGUGAUGAGUAUGUCAUUGAACUCGCCCCACCUGCAGAUGACACUUUCCCUCCUCCGCUGGAAGAAGGUAUACCUUCUGAUACCAGUUUAUCACCAACAGCUGCAGAGAUAGAAUCUAAGGGGUCUGAUCGAGAAAGCUACCUGGAAGAGCCCUGUCCUGAAGCAGAAUCCUUCGAGGCAGAUGCUUUGACUGGUUUCACCGUUGAAGAUGUGAAGUCCGUAAUGAGUGAGAUCACAGAUGAAUAUAUUGGCAACCUUGAGGCAGAGAUAAACAAAAAGCUGCAAAUACAAGAAGAAGUUUAUACUUCGAGAAUAGAAAAAUUAAAAAGGCAUAAAUAACCAGAUAAGAAAGGUGAGGUUGAAUUUUACAGAAACGGGAGGGCAGGGGGUGGUGGACACAGAUGACGGGCUCCCUGCAUGAACCUAAUUAUUUUUGCAUGAAGGAAAGUUCAGUUAAUGUUUACCUAGAAAGAGUUCAUCCCAGUUCCUCAAAUUGCUGUGUUCUGAUAGUAGUAUUAUUUAGCUUAGACUUAAGUGAAAGAUUAUAAACAUAAGGAUAUGUAAUUCAAAUAUGUUGAAUCUGAGCUUAUUUCCAAAUGGAAAUCUUAAUUUUAAAAGAAUUCUCUGUAGUUUUAUUCUAUAUCCUUUUUCCACUUGUAGAAUAUUUAAUAGCUUCCGAUUCACACGUAAGAUUUUUUUAGGAAAUUUUGCUAGAAGGAAAAUAUGUAAAGAGAGAACAUCAUUUUGAGACAUUGCAGAUAUAAUAAGAAGGGAAUUAAUUAACAUGUAAUUACACACUUUUCACUAUAGUUAUUUGUUAAUAAUGUGCAUGUUAUUUCUUUGUAAAUUGCUUCUUAGGCUUUAAAAGAAAUGUAGUAACUUAUACUUCUUUAUAUCCACUGUAUUAAAAUUGCUUAAAUUAAAAGUUUGCAGUUUUACAGUCUUCCAGUGGAAAUUUCUUCUGAAUGCACGUAACAUUUCAUUUGAGAAUGUAUUUGUUCCUUCUCUGUAUGCUAACGUUGUUCCAUAUUUUGUCACAUAUUACAGAAAUGUUUUAAACUCAAAA